AUGCGCAUGCGCAGCGGCAAGCGGCGGCGCGAGCCGAGCUGGGAGAUGGCGGCGGCGCACCUGCUGGCGGCGGACAGCUCCCCGCUGCUGGCGCGGCGAGGGCGACCGUGGGACCACCGGGCCCAGGUCCUGGCCCAGGCCCCAGCCCGGGCCCCGGCCCAGGUCCCGGCAGUGGAGACCUUUAUUAAGGAGGGCCGCCUGAGGAGGCCCAGGGCUAUCCCAGCCAUCCUGGUCCCUAUGGGACUCGCAUCCAAGGAUGUGUCACAGACGGAGCUACUGCAUCUCCUGCAGGAGAUGGGUAGAUCUUUCGUUUCCCGGAGACUGGACCCCAAGGAGCCCCCGGGUAGCCAGAGAGCAGCUUCCCCAACCCCGAAGCAGGCUUCUGCUACUGCUCCCGGCCGUGAGAGCCCCCGGGAGAUGAGGGCACAGGGCCCAGCAGGCCAGGAGGCUGAUGGCCCACGCAGGACGCUGCAGGUAGACAGCAGGACGCAGAGAUCAGGGCGGUCCCCCUCUGUGUCACCGGACAGAGGCAGCACCCCCACAUCACCCUACUCCGUUCCCCAGAUCGCUCCCCUUCCCAGCAGCACGCUGUGUCCCAUAUGUAAGACCUCGGACCUCACGUCGACCCCCAGCCAGCCAAACUUCAACACCUGCACCCAGUGUCACAACAAGGUCUGCAACCAGUGUGGGUUCAACCCCAACCCUCACCUCACCCAGGUGAAGGAGUGGCUCUGUCUGAACUGCCAGAUGCAGAGGGCUCUGGGGAUGGACAUGACCACUGCGCCUCGCUCCAAGAGCCAGCAGCAGCUGCACUCCCCGGCCCUGUCUCCUGCCCAGUCCCCAGCCAAACAGCCCCUGGGGAAGCCAGAGCAAGAGAGAUCACAGGGCCCGGGGGCACCACAGCCAGGCCUCCGCCAGGCUGAGACAGCCAGGGCCACCUCAGUGCCGGGGCCUGCCCAAGCAGCUGCCCCUCCAGAGGUGGGGAGGGCGUCUCCUCAGCCCCCUCUCCCCAUCAAGCCUUCCACAACGGAUUCCAGGCCACCUGCAGGAGAGGCCCUGGCCAAAAGUGCCACCACAGUGCCCUCUGGGCCUGGUGCUGCUGAGCAGACCCAGGAGGGCCUCACUGGGAAGCUCUUCGGCCUUGGAGCAUCACUGCUGACCCAAGCAAGUACCCUCAUGUCUGUGCAGCCUGAGGCUGAGCCCCAGGGCCAAGUGGCCCCCAGCAAAGGGCCACCUAAGAUUGUCUUCAGUGAUGCCAGCAAGGAGGCUGGCCCGAGACCCUCAGGCUCAGGGCCUGGGCCUGGGCCAGCACCUGGAGCCAAAACUGAGCCUGGAGCCAGACCAGGUCCUGGAUCGGGCCCUGGAGCCCUGGCAAGAACUGGGGGAACAUCCAGUCCAAAGCAUGGCAGAGCGGAACACCAGGCAGCAACCAAGGCUACUGCCAAGCCAAAGACCACGCCGAAGGAAAGGGCCACCUGCCCACUGUGCCAAGCUGAGCUCAACGUGGGCAGCAAGGGCCCAGCCAACUAUAACACCUGCACCACCUGCAAGCUGCAGGUGUGCAACCUGUGUGGCUUCAACCCAACACCUCACCUGGUAGAGAAAACCGAGUGGCUGUGUCUGAACUGCCAAACUAAGCGGCUACUAGAGGGCAGCCUGGGAGAGCCGACCCACCUGCCGCUGCCCACCUCACAGCAGCCCCCCUCAGGGGCCCCUCUCCAUGCAACUGGAGCGGCCCCUCCGAAGCAGAAAGGGCCACAGGGGCUGGGCCAGCCAUCAGGCCCCCUGCCUGCCAAGGCCAGUCCCCUGCCCACCAAGGCUAGUCCCCAGGCCAAGCCCCUCAAGGCUUCUGAACCCAGCAGGACCCUGAGCAGUGCCCAGGAAAAGAAGACAGGAAUCCCAGCUAAAGCUGAGCCUGGGCCAAAACCACCUCCAGAGACUACUCUGCCCCCUGGGACUCCUAAAGCAAAGACGGGGGCCCGGAGGACUGAACCUGCCACGCCUGUUGUCAAGGCUGUUUCAGAAGCCCCCAAGGGUGGGGAAGCAGAGGAGUUGGCAGGCAAGCCUUAUUCUCAGGACCUGUCUCGGAGCCCACAGAGCCUCAGUGACACAGGCUAUUCCUCUGAUGGCAUCUCCAGCUCCCAGAGCGAGAUCACAGGAGUUGUACAGCAGGAGGUGGAGCAGCUGGACAGCGCAGGGGUGACAGGGCCUCGCCCACCCAGCCCCUCAGAGCUCCACAAGGUGGGGAGCAGCAUGCGGCCUUCACUGGAGGCCCAGGGCCCAGCCCCCCGGGGUGAGCAGAGUAAGCCACCCAGGAGCAGUGGUGAGGAGCAGAAACAGAGGCCCCACUCCUUGUCCAUCAUGCCUGAGGCCUACGACUCCGAUGAGGAGCUGGAGGAUAUCUUGGAGGAAGAGGAAGACUCUCUGGAGUGGAAGCGCCAGAGGGAGCAGCAGGACACAGCCGAGUCAUCAGAUGACUUUGGCAGCCAGUUGAGGCAUGACUACGUGGAGGACAGCAGUGAGGGUGGCCUGUCCCCUCUCCCACCCCAGCCCCCAGCCCGGGCAGCAGAAUUGACCGAUGAAGAGUUCAUGCGACGGCAGAUAUUGGAGAUGAGCGCCGAGGAAGACAACCUGGAAGAGGAUGACGUCACCACUUCUGGGCAUGGCCUGGCCAAACAUGGUGCCCAGAAGAGUGGCCCCAGGUCCCGGCCUGAGCCCAGCCAAGACCCAACGGCACUGCCCAAGAGACGUCUGCCUCACAACGCCACCACAGGCUAUGAGGAACUGCUCUCCGAGGGAGGCCCAGCCGAGGCUAGUGAUGGCACUGGGGCCCUGCAGGGGGGGCUCCGCCGCUUCAAGACCAUUGAGCUCAAUAGCACAGGCAGCUAUGGCCACGAGCUGGACCUGGGCCAAGGUCCCGAUGCCAGCCUGGAGCGGGAGCCGGAGUUGGAAAUGGAGAGCCUGACAGGCUCCCCGGAGGACCGCUCUCGCGGGGAGCACUCCUCCACGCUGCCUGCUUCCACACCCAGCUACACUUCGGGCACCUCUCCCACCUCCCUGUCCUCCCUGGAGGAGGACAGCGACAGCAGCCCCAGCCGCCGGCAGCGACUAGAAGAAGCAAAGCAGCAGCGCAAGGCCCGGCACCGUUCACAUGGGCCCCUGCUGCCCACCAUCGAGGACUCCUCGGAGGAGGAGGAGCUGCGGGAGGAGGAGGAGCUGCUGCGGGAGCAGGAGAAGAUGCGGGAGGUGGAACAGCAGCGUAUCCGCAGCACGGCCCGCAAGACACGGCGAGACAAGGAAGAACUGCGGGCCCAGCGGCGGCGCGAGCGCUCCAAGACCCCCCCAAGCAACCUGUCACCCAUCGAGGAUGCCUCCCCAACUGAGGAGCUAAGGCAGGCGGCUGAAAUGGAGGAGCUGCAUCGUUCCUCCUGCUCCGAGUACUCGCCUUCCCCUUCCCUCGACUCAGAGGCUGAAGCUCUGGAUGGUGGUCCCACCCGGCUCUACAAGUCAGGCAGUGAGUACAACCUGCCCACCUUCAUGUCCCUCUACUCGCCAACUGAGCCGCCCUCAGGCAGCUCCACCACUCCCAGCUCCGGCCGGCCCCUCAAGAGCGCCGAGGAGGCCUAUGAGGAGAUGAUGCGCAAGGCCGAGCUGCUCCAGCGGCAACAGGGCCAGGUGGCAGGUGGCCCCUCUCAGCCCACUGGCGCCCGGAGCCAGGGCACCUUUGAGUACCAGGACACCCCAGACCAGGACUAUGGCAGGGCUGCACAGCCUGCCUCUGAGGGUACACCAGCCAGCCUGGGGGCAGCCGUGUAUGAGGAGAUCCUUCAGACAUCACAGAGCAUUGCCCGCAUGCGGCAGGCCUCCUCCCGGGACUUGGCCUUCGUGGAGGAUAAGAAGAAGGAGAAACAGUUUCUGAAUGCCGACAGUGCGUACAUGGACCCAAUGAAGCAAAAUGGCGGCCCACUCACCCCUGGUACCAGUCCCACCCAGCUCGCUGCCCCUGUGUCCUUCUCCACCUCCACCUCCUCAGAUAGCAGUGGUGGCCGAGUCAUUCCCGAUGUCCGUGUUACUCAGCAUUUUGCAAAGGAGCCUCAGGACCCCCUCAAGCUUCACAGCUCUCCUGCCUCCCCCAGCUCUGCCUCCAAGGAGGUAGGCAUAUCCUUUUCCCAGGGCCCUGGCACCCCAGCCACCACAGCCGUGGCUCCUUGUCCAGCCGGCCUGUCACGAGGUUAUAUGACUCCAACCUCCCCUGCAGGCUCUGAGCGUAGCCCUUCACCGUCUGCUGUAGGCCACAGCUAUGGACAGAGCCCAGCCACUGCAAGCUAUGGGUCCCAAACUGAGGAGCUACCCCAGGCCCUCAGUGGCCCCACUGCCAGCGGACGGGCUGCCAGAGACAAGCCCCUGAGUGUGAGUGAUGGCGAGAGUGGCCCCCCCAAGGCCUCCCGGGGGUAUUCCUACUUCGCAGGCUCCAGCCCACCUCUCUCUCCAUCUUCUCCCUCAGAGAGUCCCACAUUCUCCCCUGGCAAGCUGGGUCCCAGGGCCACAGCCGAGUUCUCUACACAGACGCCAAGCCCAACCCUUGCCUCGGACAUGCCUCGGAGCCCUGGUGCCGCGACCCCAACACCCAUGGUGGCUCAGGGCACACAAACACCACACCGACCCAGCACACCUCACCUGGUGUGGCAGCAGCCCGCUCAGGAGGCCCCCUUCAUGGUCAUCACCCUGGCAUCAGAUGCCUCCAGCCAGACCAGGAUGGUACAUGCCAGUGCCUCCACCUCCCCAGUGUGUUCGCCCACUGACACCCAGCCCACCACCCACAGCUAUAGCCAGACAAUACCUCCGAGUGUGUCCCAGCUGCCCCCAGAGCCACCUGGGCCGCCUGGCUUCCCACGGGCACCCAGUGCUGGCACAGAUGGGCCCUUGGCAGUCUAUGGCUGGGGUACCCUCCCUGCUGAGAACAUCUCCCUGUGCCGGAUCUCCUCUGUCCCUGGAACGUCUAGGGUGGAGCCAGGCCCUAGACCUCCGGGCAGUGCCGUGGUAGACCUUCGCACAGCUGUCAAGCCUACUCCCAUCAUCCUUACUGACCAGGGCAUGGACCUGACCUCUCUUGCCGCGGAAGCAAGGAAGUAUGGCCUUGCCCUGGAUCCAAUUCCAGGACGGCAGUCGACUGCUGUGCAACCUUUGGUCAUCAACCUCAAUGCCCAGGAGCAGACCCAUGCCUUCCUCAGCACCGCCACCACCGUGAGCAUCACCAUGGCCUCAUCUGUGCUCAUGGCUCAGCAAAAGCAGCCUGUGGUCUAUGGAGACCCCUUCCAGAGCCGGCUUGACUUUGGCCAGGGUGCGGGUAGCCCUGUGUGUCUGGCCCAGGUCAAGCAGGUAGAGCAGGCAGUCCAGACAGCCCCGUACCGAGGUGGGCCCCGUGGAAGACCUAGAGAGGCCAAGUUUGCCAGGUAUAACCUGCCCAACCAGGUAGUAGCACCUCUGGCCAGAAGGGACGUUUUAAUCACUCAGAUGGGCAGUGCGCAGAGUGUUGGCCUCAAAUCAGGCCCAGUGCCAGAGCCUGGUGCUGAACCCUACCGGGCUGCCCCCACAGAGCUGCGGUCACACGCUGCUCCAGGUGCCAGGAAGCCACACACAGUGGUGGUGCAGAUGGGAGAGGGCACGGCAGGCACUGUGACCACACUGCUCCCAGAGGAACCUGCAGGUGCCCUGGACCUCACUGGGAUGAGGCCUGAGAGCCAGAUGGCAUGCUGUGACAUGGUCUACAAGUUCCCCUUUGGCAGUAGCUGCACAGGCACCUUCCACCCCACCCCUAGUGCUCCUGAGAAGAGUGUGUCAGACGUUGCCCUACCUGGCCAGAGCAGCGGUCCCUUCUACAGUCCCCGGGACCCUGAGCCUCCCGAGCCCGCCACCUACCGGGCACAGGGGGUAGUGGGGCCUGGGCCCCAAGAGGAGCAGAGGCCCUACCCACAGGGCCUUCAUGGCAGGCUCUACUCUUCCAUGUCUGACACCAAUUUGGCUGAGGCUAGCCUCAACUACCAUGCCCACAGGAUUGGGCAGCUCUUCCAGGGCCCGGGACGAGACUCGGCUGUGGAUCUCAGCUCGCUGAAGCACUCCUACAGCCUGGGCUUUGUGGAUGGACGCUACCUUGGGCAGGGCUUGCAGUAUGGCUCGUACACAGACCUGCGUCAUCCCACAGACGUUUUGACUCACCCACUUCCCAUGAGGCGCUACAGUUCAGUGUCAAACAUCUACUCAGACCACAGGUAUGGCCCACGGGGAGAUGCAGCUGGCUUCCAGGAGGCCAGUUUGGCCCAGUACAGUGCUACCACUGCCCGUGAGAUCAGCCGCAUGUGUGCUGCCCUCAACUCCAUGGACCAGUAUGGAGGGCGGCAUGGCAGUGGUGGUGGUGGCCCUGACCUCAUGCAGUAUCAACCCCAGCCUGGGCCUGGGCUCAGUGCCCCCCAAGGUCUGGCUCCCCUCAGACCCGGCCUCCUUGGGAACCCCACCUUCCCAGAGGGCCACCCAAGUCCCGGGAACCUGGCCCAGUACAGGCCUACAGUAGGCCAGGGAACAGCAGUGAGACAGCUGCUGCCAUCCACAGCCACUGUGCGUGCAGCUGACGGCAUGAUCUACUCAACUAUCAACACUCCAAUUGCUGCAACACUGCCCAUAACCACCCAGCCCGCCUCAGUACUGCGGCCCAUGGUGCGCCGUGGCAUGUACAGGCCUUACAUGUCUGGUGGGGUCACAGCCGUGCCGCUCACCAGCCUGACACGCAUGCCUGUGAUUGCCCCCCGGAUACCUCUUGGGCCCACAGGGCUGUACCGAUAUCCUGCACCAAGUAGAUUCCCCGCUGCUCCCAGCAUUCCACCUGCUGAGGGCCCUGUCUACCUGGGGAAACCUUCUGCUGCUAAGGCCGUGGGUGCUGGGGGUCCACCAAGGCCAGAGCUGCCAGCAGGGGCAGUUCGGGAAGAGCCUCUUUCCACAGCCACCCCUGCUACCGUCAAGGAGGCUGUAGCAGCCCCAGCCCCAGCCUCAGCCCCUCCUGCCGGACAGAAGCCACCCGUAGAUGCUGCUCCAGGGGGCGGCAGCGGGGUCCUCAGCCGGCCAGGGCUGGAGAAGGAGGAAGCUGCGCAGGAGGAGCGACAGCGGAAACAGCAGGAGCAGUUGCUGCAGCUGGAGCGGGAGCGGGUGGAGCUGGAGAAGCUGCGGCAGCUGCGGCUGCAGGAGGAGCUGGAGCGGGAGCGGGUGGAGCUGCAGCGGCACCGUGAGGAAGAGCAGCUCCUGGUACAGCGCGAGCUGCAGGAGCUGCAGACCAUUAAGCACCAUGUGCUGCAGCAGCAACAGGAGGAGCGGCAGGCCCAGUUCGCCUUGCAGCGGGAGCAGCUGGCACAGCAGCGCUUGCAGCUGGAGCAGAUUCAGCAGCUGCAGCAGCAGCUGCAACAGCAGCUAGAGGAACAGAAGCAGCGACAGAAGGCCCCCUUCCCUGUGGCCUGCGAAGCACCUGGCCGAGGGCCUCCCCAAGCCGCUGCGGAGCUGGCUCAGAAUGGCCAGUACUGGCCACCCCUGACCCACACCACUUUCAUCGCUGUGGCAGGGCCGGAGGGGCCUGGGCAGCCUCGGGAGCCCGGGCUGCAUCGGGGCCUCCCCAGCUCUGCCUCGGACAUGUCACUGCAGACGGAGGAGCCAUGGGAGGCAGGCCGCAGCGGCAUCAAGAAGCGGCACUCUAUGCCUCGCCUGCGGGAUGCCUGCGAGCCAGAGUCGGGGCCCGAGCCCUGCACGGUAAGGAGGAUUGCAGACAGCAGCGUGCAGACAGACGACGAGGAUGGGGAGGGCCGCUACCUCCUGACCCGGCGGCGCCGGGUGCGGCGGAGCACAGACUGCAGCGUGCAGACGGACGACGAGGACAGUGCUGAGUGGGAGCAGCCAGUGCGCCGCCGCCGGUCGAGGCUCUCUCGCCACUCAGAUUCCGGCUCCGACAGCAAGCAUGAUGCUGCUGCCUCGUCGUCCCCUGCGACUGCUGCUGCAAGGGCCAUGAGCAGCGUGGGCAUCCAGACCAUCAGUGACUGCUCUGUGCAGACAGAACCUGACCAGCUGCCCAGAGUCUCUCCAGCCAUCCACAUCACAGCCGCUGUCGACCCCAAGGUGGAGAUCGUCAGGUACAUCUCGGCGCCAGAGAAGACUGGGCGCGGGGAGAGCCUGGCCUGCCAGACGGAGCCCGAGGGGCAGGCCCAGGGUGUGGUUGGGCCGCAGCUUGUGGGGCCAACCGCCAUCAGUCCCUACCUGCCUGGCAUCCAGAUCGUCACCCCAGGGCCCCUUGGCAGAUUCGAAAAAAAGAAGCCAGAUCCCCUGGAGAUUGGGUACCAGGCUCAGCUGCCCCCGGAGUCCCUGUCACAGCUCAUGAGCCGCCAGCCUCCUAAGUCUCCCCAGGUCCUCUACUCACCGGUCUCACCCCUGUCCCCACACCGGCUCCUGGACACCUCCUUUGCUUCCAGUGAGAGGCUGAACAAGGCUCACGUGAGUCCCCAGAAGCACUUCACCGCUGACAGCGCUCUCCGCCAGCAGACGCUGCCUCGCCCCAUGAAGACCCUGCAGCGGUCCUUGUCCGACCCUAAGCCCCUCAGCCCCACCGCCGAGGAGUCUACCAAAGAGAGGUUCUCCCUCUACCAGCACCAGGGGGGACUGGGUAGCCAGGUGUCGGCGCUGCCACCCAACGGCCUGGUCCGCAAGGUGAAGCGGACACUGCCCAGCCCCCCUCCAGAGGAGGCUCACCUGCCCCUGGCUGGCCAGGCCCCCCCACAGCUGUAUGCAGCCAGCCUGCUGCAGCAUGGGCUGGCGGGGCCCACCGCUGUCCCUGCCACCAAGGCCAGCCUGCUCCGGGAGCUGGACCGGGACCUGCGGCUGGUGGAGCAUGAGUCCACCAAGCUGCGCAAGAAGCAAGCAGAGCUGGACGAGGAGGAGAAGGAGAUUGACGCCAAGCUCAAGUACCUGGAGCUGGGUAUCACACAGCGUAAAGAGUCUUUGGCCAAAGACCGAGGUGGCCGUGACUACCCACCCUUGCGUGGUCUCGGUGAGCAUCGUGACUACUUGUCAGACAGCGAGCUCAACCAGCUGCGGCUCCAGGGCUGUGCCACUCCUGCUGGCCAGUAUGCAGACUUCCCUGUCACCGCCACUGCUCCUGCCACCCCCUCUGUCCCCACUGCCUUCCAACAGCCCCGAUUCCCACCUCCAGCCCCACAGUACACUGCAGGCAGUGGUGGGCCAACUCAGAAUGGAUUCCCAGCCCACCAACCACCCACCUACCCUGGCCCCGGCACAUACCCGGCACCUGCCUUUCCUCCUGGUACCAGUUACCCGACUGAGCCUAGCCUGCCAAGCCAGCAGGCUUUCCGUCCCACAGGCCAUUAUACAGCCCAAACACCCAUGCCAACCACCCAGAGCACUCUUUUCCCAGUCCCAGCUGACAGCCGUGCCCCCCACCAGAAGCCACGCCAGACGUCAUUAGCUGACUUGGAACAGAAGGUACCCACUAACUAUGAGGUGAUCGCCAGCCCAGUCGUGGCCAUGUCUUCAGCCCCACCUGAAACCAGCUAUAGUGGCCCAGCAGUAAGCAGCAGCUAUGAGCAAGGCAAGGCUGCUGAGCUGCCCCGGGCCGGUGACCGUAGCAGUGUGAGCCUGAGCUCAGUCUCCACCUACCCCUCUGACUCCCAUUACACCAGCCUAGAGCAGAAUGUCCCUCGAAACUAUGUGAUGAUUGACGACAUCAGUGAGCUGACCAAGGACAGCACCUCCACUGUCCCUGAUAGCCAGCAACUGGAGCCGCUGGGGCCAAGCAGCAGCAGGCGUCCAGGGAAAGAGCCGGGAGAACCCGGCAUCCUUGAGGGGACUGCAUUGCCCUGCUGCUACACCAGAGGGGAGGAGGAAUCUGAGGAGGACUCUUACGAUCCCCGUGGGAAGAGUGGCCAUCACCGGAGUCUGGAGAGCAAUGGCAGACCAGCCAGUGCCCACUACUAUAGUGACAGUGACUACAGACACGGGACUCGAGCAGAGAAGUAUGGCCCAGGUCCCAUGGGGCCUAAGCAUCCCUCCAAGAGCCUGGCACCAGCUGCCAUCUCCUCAAAACGCAGCAAACAUCGGAAGCAGGGCAUAGAGCAAAAGAUCUCCAAGUUCUCACCUAUCGAAGAGGCCAAGGAUGUGGAGUCUGACCUGGCCUCCUACCCCUCCCCUACAGUCAGCAGCAGCCUAGCCUCUCGGGGCAGGAAGUUCCAGGACGAAAUCACCUAUGGGCUCAAGAAGAACGUGUAUGAGCAGCAGAGGUACUAUGGGGUGUCCAGCCGGGACCCAGUGGAGGAGGAUGACCGCAUGUAUGGAGGGAGUGGCCGGUCCCGGGUGGCAUCUGCAUACAGUGGGGAGAAACUGUCCAGCCAUGACUUCAGCAGCCGGGGCAAGGGAUAUGAGCGGGAACGGGAAGCUGUGGAGAGACUUCAAAAAGCGGGCCCCAAGCCCUCGUCCCUGAGCAUGGCCCAUGGCCGGUCCCGGCCCCCCAUGCGGAGCCAGGCAUCUGAAGAGGAGAGCCCCGUCAGCCCCUUGGGGCGGCCCCGCCCUGCUGGCGGCACUCUCCCUCCUGGGGACUCCUGCCCACAGUUCUGCUCCAGCCACUCCAUGCCUGACGUCCAGGAGCAUGUCAAGGAUGGGCCGCGGGCCCACACAUAUAAGCGUGAGGAGGGCUACAUCCUGGAUGACUCCCACUGCGUAGUUUCCGACAGCGAAGCGUAUCACCUGGGCCAGGAGGAGACAGACUGGUUUGAUAAGCCCCGGGAUGCCCGCUCUGACCGGUUCAGGCACCACGGGGGCCACGCAGUCUCCUCCUCCUCCCAGAAGCGAGGCCCUGCCAGGCACAGCUACCACGACUACGAUGAGCCCCCCGAGGAGGGCCUGUGGCCACAUGAUGAGGGUGGCCCGAGCCGCCACACCUCAGCCAAGGAACACCGGCACCAUGGUGACCAUGGGCGGCACUCAGGCCGCCAUGCUGGCGAGGAGCCGGGCCGGCGUGCUGCCAAACCACACACUCGGGAUCUGGGUCGCCACGAGGCCCGGCCUCACCCUCAGCCCAGCCCUGCCCCAGCCAUGCAGAAGAAGGGUCAGCCUGGGUACCCCAGCUCUGCUGAAUACUCCCAGCCAUCCCGUGCUCCGUCAGCAUACCAUCAUGCCUCUGACAGCAAGAAGGGCUCCCGGCAGGCCCACUCGGGGCCCACUGCACCACAGCCAAAGCCAGAACCCCAGCCGCAGUCACAAGGUCGGCAGGCAGCUCCUGGGCCACAGCAAUCACAGCCGCCACCAUCCAGGCAGACACCCGCAGCAGCAGCAUCACGCCAGCCACAGACACAGCAGCAGCAGCAGCAGCAGCAGCAGCAGCAGCAAAGUCUCGGGCUACAGUCCCCUCAGCAGGCCCCGGUGCAGGCUCGGCUGCAGCAACAGGGCCAGCCAGCCACCCGGGGCCCAGCCCCUGCUGCCAGCCAGCCAGCAGGGAAGGCUCAGCCAGGCCCCACGACAGCCACAGGCACCCAGCCAGCAGGACCGCCACGGGCAGAACAGGCAAAUGGCACAAAAGGGACAGCCAAAGCACCCCAACAGGGGAGGCCUUCUCAGGCCCAGCCCCCACCAGGACCUGGACCUGCAGGCAUGAAGGCCGGAGCCAGGCCUGGAGGGACCCCAGGAGCUCCUGCCGGCCAGCCAGGUGCCGAUGGUGAGAGCGUGCUCUCCAAAAUCCUCCCUGGUGGGGCAGCAGAACAGGCUGGCAAGCUGACAGAAGCUGUCUCUGCUUUUGGCAAAAAGUUCUCCUCAUUCUGGUGACCAUGCCCUGCAGGCAUCUGCAAUCUGGCAAACCCUUGGCCCAAAGACUCACACCAGGUGGGACGUGGCAGGCAGGCCUCCAUUGAGGACGGGAUGUUUUCUAACAGCAGCUGUCUGGGUGAAGCACCUGCUGGACACGUUGGGACCACUGGCCCCGGGGGACCCGUGAUUAUCUUUCCAGAGACCCCGCUCUCCUCAGGGCGCCACCUUCAAGGCAUGGCCUUCGCUGGGAGGGAGGAGCCCUCUCCGGACACCCUGCCACCGCGGCAGUCCUGCUGCUCUUCCCACAGCCGCCUUUCUGCGGCCCGGCCAGCCAGGCUUCCUAUGCGUUAUACACAGAGUUUGGGCGCAGGCUGCCUGUUUUUGAUGGAUGCUGCCCUCCCUCCAUGAUGCCAGAAGUUUUUCCACAGCCUUGGAGAGGGGCUUUGACUGAGGUCUGGGGGCCCCGGGCUCCGUUUCCUUCACAUUCCAGCUGGCCCGGUUCCCUCUGUGGCCGCAGGGCCCUGCUCCCCUCACCCUGCCCUCUGGGUGACAUCGGAGCAGACUUCCAUGUGGCCAGCACGGGGUUGGGAGAACUUUACAAACAUUAGGACCUAACACUGUCUCAUCGCUGAAAUAAGAGGCCAUAGCACCGAAAAGCAGCGUGGGCACUGGCUGAGGCUUCUCCCAGCCCAUGGGUGGCAGCAUGCUAGCAUGCCUGCCACCAUCUCAAAGCCAUCCGCUCCCCCGACCACCUCCCCCAGCCAUUGUGAGCAUCCCAGCGACACCGCCAUCAUCUUGAGCAGCCAGCUCCUUGUUUGUACACCUGGGGAUUUCUUUUGAUUUCAAGAACAGCCUUAAUCAUUUCAGUUUGAUUUACGUGUAUACCUCAUAAGCAGUUUUCUUUUGUUUCACUUUCUCCCCCUUCUUUUUCUUUGCUCGCCUCCUUGCCUCUCCCCCCCACCACCACCUGUGACUGAUGGUUUGGUUUCCUCUCUGCUCUGCCCCUGAUCAACACAGGGAGAAUGUUGACUUAGAAGCAAUAGGGGGCAGCAGGCCACCAAGAGCACAACCCCAGGGCGAGGUCUAGGGAGGCCCCUCAGCCCGCCUCUGUUUACUGUGCAAUCCAGUCCUUCUUAAGCCAUCACCAGUGGGCGUGCUCAGAGCAGAGGGACCAGGGCUCUGCCAGCCGAGGGCAGGGCCCAGAGCCCUGUGCUGGGGAGUAUGGCACCGUCCACCCACCUGGCAGACUGGGUGGCAUUCCUCCCCAAGGCCCUUACCUUGGGGGCCUCCCUUCCUCUUGGGCACCCCCACCAGUCUCAUCUCUAACGUUCUAUGCAAUGAAAUAUAAACCCUCAAAGACAACUGUUAAUAUUUAAUAAAUUCCAUGUUAUGUAUAAGGAGUAAAUUGCAAACAUGCAAUUGAGAAACUGGAUAGAUAAGCUCAUAUCAACCCCCCCGCCCCCUGCUCCCACUGUGUGUGUGAAAUUCUCAGUCUGUGGCAUGUUUGACCUGUGGCAGGACUCGCUGCUGCCAGGCGAGUCACCGCCUGUCCUGCAGUGGAGCAUGCACAGCUCGCAGCCUUUUUGCACGAUUUCAUCCAUUUUAAAUGCUCCACCCUCUUGCUUGGGAGUUCUUUUUGCCUCCGAACCUCUCCUUCAGGAGUGCUUCUAGCUGCCUUCUGCACGAGCUAGUGAGAACCUGCUGGAAUUGUUGCCUGAGCGUGCCAGGCUGCAGGGCGGGCAGUGCAGGGCCUCGCACACCCUGAAGGUUUCUCGGACCAGGAUGGCAGAUGAAAAGAAGCCUUUGGAGUAGACACGCUGGUGGAGCCCAUACAGGAGUAUGUGGGUGAACAUUCUGAAGGUUUGCUGUAGGAUUUCCAUCUGUAAGUCGCUCCCCCUCUCAUCCCAUCCCUGAGCCAGAGGCAUCUGGCCACCCCUUUCAAUGACAUGGCUCAGGCAGAGAGCUGGGCUGUAUCUUUGGCCAGAGACACAGAGACAGGGUCUGGCUAUGUCCUAGGGACCCCAGCUCCUGACUGCACCUGCUCCGUGCCUCUUCUUUGUAGUUGAGGGGCUUCAAGGUCUGUGAGCCAAGAGAUCUAGGCUGGGACAAGGGGUCAGUGGGUGCUCAGUAAGAGCUAGGUCUCUGGCACUUGUGGCGAGGACAGCUGACAGGCAUCUUGGACCAGAGCAGGUGUUCACAUAGACAGUGGCUUCAAGCUGAGUUUCUUGGGAAGCUUUUCAAUAGCAAAAUUCACAGAAGGUUCUUUUGUGACCCUCUUUCCAUCUGUCUCCCGGACCUAAACUCCCUGCCCACCCUCAUCUCUGAAGCCCAAGUAUCACCCUGCUCAUCAGGUUCUCUAUGACUGAGCCGGGAGUGCAGCAGGCAGUGGCUUUCUGACCCCUCGAGGCCUGGCCUUCCUCCAGUUUGCUCUGGUUUGCACCAUGCGUUUCUCAGGGGUCCACAUUUCUCAUACUUUCCUAUAAGCUCUACACAGCCCUUCAGAGGGGGAUCCUGGCCAACCUCUGGGAGCUGUGGAUGGGGCAAGAGGCUGUUGACCUCUGUUUUGGGCCUGUGACCCCGGUCCUCCUGGAUUUGGGCUUCACCCAUCCCCUAGGACAUCUGCCUCAUCCCAGAGAUCAGGUCUGGGCUAUAAGAGCCCAUCUGAGCAAGGGCUAAGGGAGGCCACUAUCCAUCACCUCUGACUACCCAGGGCCAAGCCUGGUGGCUGGACACAUGGGGGACCAAGGCAGGAAUCCUUCCCACUAAAGGCCAGGGGAUGGGACCAGGAACAGGGAACAAGCAGGGAAAGCACAGCAGGUCAGCCUCCAAAGUACAGACUGGGUCAGCGGGCCCAGUCUUAGGCUCUACAAUGUUGACUUUUCAGCAAAUUUCCUUUGUGACCAAGCCUUCUGAGUUUGAAAUUUCUGGCAUCUGCCACUCCCUAUUGUACCCACAGGACACAUCUGUAUCUAUCACCCCUUGUGAAGGUGGCUGGAACAGGCCCCUUUGGGCCACAAGUGUCCUGGCCCUUGUGUAGAUGCAGCUGUGGCUCUGGGGGCACUGCAGCCGGAGGUUGAGGGACCAGCAUUUGGUGCCUUCGGUAGUGGGGGAGCAUUGAGCACAUCUCCAAAUGGGCAGAGUCUCUGGGAUGCAGUCUUCUCCAUACCUGCCUCCUCAGUGUCAUGAGCAAGGGCAUGGUCUCUGCCCACUCCAGGGCCUAAUGCAUUCACUUCACAGCGACAGUCCCCUCCCACCCACCAACUAAGUCCUUGGGAAGAGAGUGUGGUCUCAGGGCCCAUGAUGAGAGGGCAGCAGUGGCAGUAACUGUGGCCUGUCCUGUGGAGCCUGUGCUGAAUUUUCUAGGCAGAUCCUUUGCCAUGGCAGCAUGGCCCUUCCCCUGCCCUCAUGCCACCCUCCCCCCAUAUGUAAAUACUUGUCAUCGUGGACUCCAACAGGGUCAGAGGGACAGGCCUGACCAACUGAAACUCCUCAGAGUUAUCAUCUCUGUCUCCCUGGGUACCAGCAGCCCUGCUGCCAUGUGCACUGGGGUGGCGCUGGAGAGCCAUGGAAAUCGUGAGAUACUGUGUGUGUAUGCAUGUGAACAAGCGUGUGAAUGUGUAUGUGUGUGCGUGUCUGCCCCACUCAGCCUCUGGGAUCAAAUCAGCUCCUGCCCUCCAAGUGCAGUGCCCUGGAGAGUGGUGGCUGCCCAAAGCCUUUUCUCUGCUAGCUUCCAUGUCUUGUUUUUGCUUUCCCCUCACUCCUUCCCUCCCUCCCUCCCUUCUUGCCUCUCUCCCUUUCUUUCCUUCUCUCCUUGGAGGGGGGGAAGAGUGCUGUACAAAGUCAAACAAACAAGUUUACAGUUGUAAGUGCAAUGACCCGAGUCCUCCACAUGACCUUGUGAAUUGUGUGCCGUCCUCCUGUGCUCUGUGAGAACUCGUGGUACUUCAGUGUCCCUCCUCCUGUAUUGUGACAAGGUAAUUCUGUGGUAUCAGAAUAAAAGGACUUGAUAUAAACAACCUA